UUCCAGAAGUUUCCCGAGUUCUACAGUGCAGCUCUCACGCGCUCUCAUUCCGAUUAUCAGCGCCUCUUUCUGCCCUCUUUUUCUGAAUCCUUCGACUUGGUUGGGAACGCGUCAGUGUUUCACUCUCUCACUUUUAGAGACAAUGUUCAAGAAGGCAGUGGAGUCAAAGUCGCACCAGAGAUUGUCUGGUGCUGAUCGAAAGAAGCUGAAACGAACCAUCAAAGAUAAAUUCCCAAGGGCUUCUGAUCCCGAUAUUGACGUCUUGCUUCCUCCCAAGGCAGAAAUAACGGUGGCAAAGUUGCAAAAUCGUGUCCUCGUAUAUGGUGUGGAGGGAGGCUUUCCAAUGUUCUUUGAUGUUGAUGGACGGGGCUCAGACAUAUUUCCCACAGUAUAUGCCCUCUGGAAGGUCCCUGAGCUAUUGCCUGCUUUCAUGUUGAAGGGUGGUGGGGUUUCUCGGUAUGUUAUAGGAGGAGCGGACUUGAUGUUCCCUGGCAUAAAUGUACCUCCUGAAGGUCUUCCAUCGUUUGUAGCAGGCGAACCAUGGGCAGUGAAAGUACCAGGAAAUCCUGCUCCAAUUGCGGUGGGGAGUACAACAAUGAGCAGCGUUGAGGCACUAAAAGCUGGUUUUCGUGGGAAGGCAUUAAGAAUAACUCACUAUUAUGGUGAUUUGCUUUGGGAAUCAGUUGAGAAUCGUUAUGUGCCCAAUGCUGGUUUUCUUGAGGAUGUUGUGAUCGAGGAUCCUUCAACAUCAUCAUCUUUUCAGACUUCUGAUUCAACUGGGGGUGGAGGUGAGACUUCAAAUGGUCAACAGAACAGCAGUGAAAGCAAUGAGCGGGUGGAAUCUCUGGAUGUAAAUGAUGCUCCAGCUGACUCUGCUCAUGCCUUGGCACCACCAAAUGAUGAUGCAAAUGAUUCCACUAAUGAAUUAACUGUUGGUGUUGGAGAGUUGAAGUUACAAGAUGUUGACCCUGUUGAUGAACUAAAUGGCCAACUUAGUCUAUCAAGUGCAGAUAUAGAUUCACUAUUGGACAAAUGCCUUCUGCAGGCAUUACAUACAACAGUGAAAGAUAAAGACCUUCCGAUGCCUGGAAGUACUUUAUGGUCAAAUCAUGUGUUGCCAUGUAGGCCUUCAGGAAUGACUUUAGACAUAAAAAAGUCAUCACACAAGAAAGUUUCAAAGUGGUUGCAAGCAAAAUCUACCUCUGGCUUGAUUUCAGUCAAAGAAGAUAAAUAUAAGAAGGAGGCCAUGCUAUUAUCAAUUAAUAGAAACCAUGUUGAUUAUUCUUCCUUUAAGCCAGAGAAAAGGCCAGUUCAGAAAAGUGAUCAGCCCAGUGUAAAUGCUGCUAAUGAAAGUCGCUCAUCCAAAACUCUUGAAGUAGCUGAGAUCUAUAAACCAAGUGUACAUGUCAAUCCCAUAUUCUCAGCUGUAGAAGCGGACACGGGGAAACUUUACAGUGCUUCUGAAGCUUCUGAUAUUGUCUUCAAAUACGUUGAAAAGGAAAAUCUUGUGAAGCCAACGAAUAAAUCCAUUGUGGUUUUGGAUGUAGUAUUAUGUGAUGCGCUGUUCAAGGGGGUCAUUAAAAAAGGAACAACAUAUCCUACAGAAAUUCAUAAGAAAGACUUAGGAUCAACAUUCAUAAGCCGUAUGCAAGCGCAUCAUGUUGUAACAAGAGGAAGUGAACAGGUGGUUCGUAAAGGUGCAAUCAAAACAAUUCAAAUAGUGACUGAACGACGGCAAGGAAAUAAGAAGGUGACCAAACUUACUGGUAUGGAAACCUUUCUGAUAGAUGCUGAAGCAUUAGCAGCGGAACUGCAGAAGAAGUUUGCUUGCAGUACCACUGUUGCAGAACUACCAGGUAAGAAAGGGAAUGAAGUCUUGGUUCAAGGUGGCGUGAUUGAUGACUUGGCGAGGCAUUUGAUUGAACAAUAUGGAGUUCCAAAGAGACUCAUUGAGGUUCUUGAUAAAACCAAGAAAUGAACUUAAGAUUGUUGGUUGUUUGCCAGUGGACAUGCAUUUUGGGAGGUGUGUGAAUUUGUGUACGCUUGUGUGUCCGUCAUGUUUGGUUGAGGUGACUAUAAGUUAAAAUUAUGACAUACUCCUGAAGAGCCAUGUUAUUUAUACUUUAUCCAAUAAAAACAUUUCGAAUCAAUAAAUUAGAAAUGUUUUUUUAUAUUUUUAACUUUAUUUUCUCUUUCCAGCUUACCUAAAUUUCUGUCCUAAAUUUCUUCCUUCUUUCUUUGCCCUUUCAACUAAUUUAUUUGAUUUAUAUUGUUUUUAUGAGAAAAAGUUUAAAUCAUGGCAUUUUUUGAGUAUGUAAUAAUUUGCUUGAAUAUAAGAGAUUGAGUCAGAAUGGGAUUUGACAAAGGUUCCUCUCCGUGUUCACCUUUGCCAAGGUACAAGUUUAGACCGAGUCAAGAGUUUAGGGUGUCAUGUACAACUGUUUUCCCUUGGUAUUUCUAAAAUUAGUGUUUACUUAGAAAGCACUGGAGAAUGUGCAUAUUACGCUCAUACUUUUUUCUUCUAUUAUUUAUGUAGCAAUGCAUGCAAUAUUGUGUUAGAGCUAUUAUUAUUAGUUAACUAAUUGAAAAGUGCUAUAUUUUCUUUGGUCCCUA